AUGUCGGGCACCUCAGUCUCGAUGGAUGGGCCCUUGGAUAACUUAGGGUCUCACCAUUUCGCAUUGCUCUACAUCGAUGAAAGUGGCAAGCUGCGCUUCGACGCCUCUUCAUCAGUUGCGAAUGAUUGCCACAGCAUACUGUCACCUGAGGUAACUCAUUCAUUCUUGAAGGCAGUUGCUGUGUCUGAAGAUGGGAUGAAGCUUGCCAAUUCUUCCGAAGCCAAUUAUGAAGCCCAGAGUGGGAGAAGCGCAUCCUCCCCGGAUUCGCCGGGGACCCCUAACUUCAGCCGCAGAUCCUCUAUUUCCCAGCUUAUUGACAACAACCAGAAACGAAAGCGGGCAUCGCACGAGUAUGUGCUACCGAUGAGCAUAACAUGCUACCCGCAAACACUACUUUCGAUUAGGAACCAAGGUCUUCUUCGAAAGUAUUAUGAAAAAGCGUUUGACAGUCUACAGCAGACCAACUGUCGCAUUUUAGCAAAAGCCUAUAUCAAGCUUGUGGAGCCACGAAAACAAGUUAACUACCCGUACAAUGGCCGCAAAAACAUUGCCGGUGUCCCCAACCAAUUUGACCCUGAAGAGACAAAACCCGGCUGGUGGCCAGCUGGCGUUAUCCAUCGCGAGCCAGAUCACCUCCGGAAACCAGAGAGAAUCCGCCUCCUUGUGCACAUUUUGUGUGAACUCCGCGAGAGUCACUCGAUCUGUGUCGAGAACCUCAAAGAAGCAGACCAGUCCAUCCGUCGCCAGAUCGCACCCAUAGAGCGUCUUCAAGUGCUAGAUGAAAUCUAUCGGGUCCGUGGAGAAGAAGAACGGUACCUCAAUGGUAACUCUGACGGGCAAGCAGUUGUAAGCGUCUCUCGCGUACAUCUUCCCGACAUGGCAGAUUCCCAAGCAUCGCUUUAUUCGCCUGCUGGCUCUAUUCACGGAUCCGACAACACGUCUCGUGACGAUGUACCCGACCUGGAGUCUCACACCUCUGUGUUCCCGUCCUCAAACAUCUCCAUUGGCAAUACAUCAUUCAACCGGCAGCAAGUUGAAGCGACUUCAAACGCCGUCCCUCCAGUCUCCAUUCCUCCGAGCGCCAUCCCUGGAGCCCCAACUACAUGGGACGCAUGCCAUCCCUCAAUACCAGUAUCAACGUCACUGCCACCAAUCAAUCCCGCCAUGAAGCAUUCCCAUUCAGAUCCGGCCGCAGCCCAUUACAGCCUUGACUUUUCUACAUCGAUCUUCCCGCACCACGAGCCGAUACCAGCCUUCGCUAUGCAAUCAUUUCCCAUAGAGCCGUACGCGAACCUGAAUCCUCAUAUGGCCUCUCAUAUCCCCCACCAGAGUAGCGAGCAUCAAAAUCCACCGCAAACUCACGCCACGGUCAUGCCCCUUGUGCGUACCCCAGGGCCUAACUUAAGCGGCUGUCCUCCUCCUUACUACUUUGACUACUGA